AUGGGAGCUGGCUUACAAAGGGACAGCAAAGACGACACCAAAGUAGCAAAGUCCCAAAGACCAAACUAUGAGUUGCCAGGUGCUCAGAUCAAUUGGGCCUUGCUCAUCAGCAGCCAAAAGAUAGUUCAACGCCGGGAUCUGUACAUCCGAUUAGAGCCUGCCUCUUUACAAGAGCCUUUACAACCUACAACGCCAACAAACCCGCAUCCGAGUGGCAUGAUGGCCAUACCACAAGCUACACUCUGCAGCAGGACAUUCUCGACCGGAGAAAAUGGAAAUCUCAAGUGCGGAGCAAGAAGCUUGAAGAUACCAAAGCCCAUGAGACUGGCUGGCAUCGACAUGAUAGAGACCCAUCCUGUCUGCAAGCCAAAAUACAUGUUGGAGAAGCAGAUAAUUGUUCCGACCGCGAGACCGGCCAAAACACCUCGUAUGGUGAAACUUUGCCCAGGAAUCACGCGUGUCGCCAUCUUUGAUAUGUUCAGUGAUGGCAAUGUUGAGACACGCGAAGAGAGCGUGUGA